CUCGGACACUGCUGUCUGAUGAUUCGCUCGUAGCGCAAGUCCCCUUAACCCACACAACAUGUCGAAGGACCCGUACUAUGAUCUCCAGAAUGAAGUCCAGGCAUCGCUGCAGACCGCGAGCCAGCUGCGCGCGUCGUAUACGCGUAUACGGAAUAUGGCUGUCAGUCAGGACAGCGAGGAGCUAGUUUGGGCGAGGAAUGAGCUGAAAGCUACGCUGGCGACGCUGGAGGCUGACAUGGAGGAUCUGGAAGGAAGCGUGCAGAUAGUAGAGACCACCGGCGCACGCAUGUUUGGCCUAGAAGAGGCAGAAGUGCAGGAGCGCCGCGCCUUCGUCGAGCACGUCCGCCGUGAGAUCGAGAACAUGAGAGCCGAGGUGUCUGGCAAGCCACGCUCAAGACCGCCAUCCUAUGCAUCCCCCUCUCCUAGCCGUCCGCAGUCGCGGCUCUAUACGGGCACGUCAAGCCCCACGAGGGAGGACGAGGAUGAUCAGACUGCAUGGGCCCGUGAGGAGCAGCAGAUGAUCAUCCGCCAGCAAGACCAGACAAUGGACACCAUAUCCGGCACGCUGACCACCCUCGCCCAACAAGCCGGACUAAUGGGGCACGAGAUCAAUGAGCAUGUAGAAAUGCUCGGCGACCUCGAGCAAGGCGUCGACCGCGCGGAGAACAAGCUCGGCAGCGCCAUGGACCGCAUGAAGCACUUCAUGCGCAAGAGCGAAGAGAAGGGAAGCGGUUGGUGUAUCAUCAUUCUUAUCAUCAUCCUGUGCGCACUCGUUCUUGCUCUCAUUCUCACCUAGUAUACAUAUUGCGGCCGGACAGCCCUAUACGCUAAUGCAACACUUAACUUGUUUGUUGUUAGCCCAUGAGCGCUGCUGUCACCGUAGUCCGUGGAUACAGCAUCACUUGCUGGACUCCCCGAAGAUCUCUUCGUAGCGGUAUCCUGCCUC